UCUGCGCUGUGUUGAUCUCGAGUUUCCUCGUUUUUAUGAAAUCUGAACAUGACCAGCCUCAUCUGCUCCGUUCAUGGAUGCCACAACAACUAUAAGAAGAUGAAGCUUUCGCUUUCUCAAAAUUGUUUCGAGCACGGGAAGCCCAGAUCUGAAUGCUGCGGACCCGCGUUCAGGUUGCACCCACCUCCGUCUAAAGAAGAGGACCGCCGCUACUGGCUGAGGGCGCUCAAUUUAAAAAAGCCUCCAAAGCGUCCUUAUGUCUGUUCAUUUCAUUUUGUGGACCGACAACCUACACCCCUCCAUCCCUAUCCCGAGAAGUGGCUGGGUUACACGGCUGUAUUGAGGAAGCCGAGGCGACUGCUUCAGAGAUACGCAGAUGCAUCAACCAGGAAUGUGGCCAGAAGUCCUGUGCCGCCUCUCCAUGUCAACCUAAAAGCUGAACCUCCUGCAUCAACCAGGAAUGUGGCUGGAAGUCCUGUGCCGCCUCUCUAUGUCGACCUAAAAGCUGAACCUCCUGCAUCAACCAGGAAUGUGGCUGGAAGUCCUGUGCCGCCUCUCCAUGUCGACCUAAAAGCUGAACCUCCUGCAUCAACCAGGAAUGUGGCUGGAAGUCCUGUGCCGCCUCUCCAUGUCGACCUAAAAGCUGAACCUCCUGCAUCAACCAGGAAUGUGGCCGGAAGUCCUGUGCCGCCUCUCCAUGUCGACCUAAAAGCUGAAUCUCCUGCCUCUUGUCAGCCUCUGUCUGAUCACAGCUAUGCUAAAAGCCCUGUCCUGGAUCAACCCCUCCGAUGUCAUAAAGCCACACAGUGUUCAGGGCCAUCAGCGCUGCACAUAACUCUCCUACGCUCCGACCGUCUCAGCCUCCUGUACACUGGUCUCCCUCUGGAGUCUUUUAAUAUUUUGGCUGAUCAGCUGACAAAAGAUUACAUUAACACCUUUCAGCUUGAUGUCCGAGAUCAGGUCCUGAUGACCCUCAUGAAGCUCCGGCUGAACUUGCUGCAGGAAGACCUGGCUGAGAGGUUCAGUGUGUCACAGUCUGGAGUCAGCAGGAUCAUCACUACAUGGUUGGACAUCGUGAAGGAGAAGAUCAGGUCUUACGUCCCAUUGCUGCCCAGAGAGACCAUUCUUGCUACGAUGCCACAGUGUUUGAAAGAGCAUCACCCGACGACAACCUGUGUGAUUGACUGUUCUGAGACCCCCCCUCCAGAAACCACAUAACCUGGACUCUUGGGGGAAAUCCCACAGUCAUCUUUAUGGUCAAAAUAACCAGAUGUAACCAUAAAUCACCAGAUGAAGGGUUUUUUUAAGUAUUGCAUUUUAGAAUUUACAGGUACAUUAUAGGACCAAAAUAUUUCGCUUUAUUUUCUCAACAUGAGUUUGAUUUCAACAUAUAGCGUCUGGUGGUACAACAGAACGACUCCAAUGGGGCUUGUUUGUUUACCACUCCUAUAACUUUUGAGUUUAUUCCUUUUAUCAAUUCUAUGCCAGGUGGAACUUCAAGGGUCUAUUUUUAAGUGCUACUUUUUGUAAAAAGUUCUGGAAUCACUGCCUUUAAUACUGUAAUCAAAAUGCUGUCUAACAUGUUGUAAAUUACCUUUAAUAUUUGA